GCCAAGUUAACGGUCGUCUUUGAUUUCUCGUUUUGGCAUUAGCUAUUCAUUAAAAAGGACAGCAAGUUUGAAAUUGAUUUAGAAAAUAAAAAUUGGCGUUAGAUAUUAUUUGUGUGUCGUUCCCGCAUAAAUUAAAUUUGAAUAUUUUUUUGGAGACUCAACUCAAAAGCAACAGAUUUCCUUGACAGGACAUCACCACUUUGUGUUUAUCAAAAAUUGCUAAGGCUAAUAAAGUUAUCUUGGCUUGUGUUUUGUUUUUUAACUACGAGUGGUCAGCAUAGAAGAAAAACAACUUGGGAGAGAAGGAUAGGAAAAAAACAAAAACGUGAUACUUGAGUAAAAUCACUUUCUUUCCAAAAAGUUUGAAAUAAAAAAAAAGUCAAUUUGUCAAUUGAUGUAAGCUGAUGACAUUAUAACGCUGUAAAAAAGGUCUUUGAAAGUAAUAAAAAAGUGUAUUUGUGCGAAAUUUUUUUUUUUUCUGAAACAAAAUUGCUGAGUGUCCUUUUUCAAAGUGGACGAAAAAAUUUGGUAUCGAACUACAAGUGUGAGAUUAAUUAAAUCCCUAAUAACUCAAUUCCAACCAACAAAAAGCCAAACAGAGGGUGAAAUAAUAAAUCAAAGGUCUUGGGUUAUUCUUCAAUUCCAUGUUGUAGAGUAUGGCCGCAUGUUACAACUUGUAAGAUUAAUAUAAUUUGUAAAGGAUAUUUGUAACAGUUGUCGUAUGUCUUAAUAAUUAAUUCCUUAUCGUGCGUAUGUUAAACGGGUGUUUUGUGUGGGUUUGCAUAAAAUCUCACGAAAAUUAAGACACAGCCAGCCGAACAAAGUUUUCACAUUAACACAAGUUGUUGUGGAUCCUUUUAAGACACAUACACAAAUUAUACAAAAUUGUCCUUUGUCAAAAUUUCGACAAAAGCCGUAAAGUCGUUUUUUUUGGGACCUGUCACAAACAUAGGACAAAAGUCGUAGUUGUCAACAACAGCGGCGGCAGUGGCAACAGCAACAGCAUCGUCACAUCAUCUUCGUCUAAAUCUCAAUCACUGUCAACUCGAAGAUUUGAAGCAACACUUUCUGAACCAACAUUUAAAUAGAUCGCAUUCAAAAUGAAAGCUGCUGUGGUAUUCUUUUCAUUGUCAAUUAUAGUGCUCAGCGUCACGGCAUGGCCCAGUGUGAAGCGAACCUUUGAUUUAUAUCCACCAAAUCCCAGUCCAUAUGAACUGCAUACCAUAACAGAUUGCAUGCACGUCGCCUCCGAGCCAGGUGAUUAUGCAUUCAAAAAGUUACCUCCCCGCACGACAGCAGCAACAGCUGCUUUAUUUGGCAACACUGACGAAACAUCAGCCAUCCUCCAAUUGGAAGAAUCCCUGCAGGUUUGCGGUCUUUAUGUGAUUGGAGAGCCUGAUACGAUUGUCGAGAUAACGAUGAAGUACUACGAUGUCAAUUGUGAAACGGGCGCUCUGAUGGCCUUUGUCGAUGGCUGGGAACUCAAUGGUGAAUAUUUCCCCUCGUUAAGAGAUCAUCAUCGUUCGUUGGAGGAUAGAGUGCAGGAGUUUUGUAACAACUAUAAACAAUGGCCACGUCUUUCGAAUAAAAAAUUCUUCCGCUCCAGCCAAAAUGCAGCACUUCUUCAAUAUCGCAUACCGGUGAAAGGUAGUUUCAUAGCCAAUGUUCGUUUUCACAAAAUCACACAGCCCUGUAAUAUUUUGGUCCAAGAUAUUGAUGCCUUAUACACUAUUGGAAACUAUGGCCACAAUCGUAAUUGUACCAUAUCGGCUCUAUUUCCAGCUGUUGUUUCGGUGGCCAAUCUUAAAAUUGGUGGCAAAGCUGUACGGCAGGAUAAACCGAAUUAUGAUUGUGGCUUGUUUGCUGACCGUUUAGAAAUUGGCGGUUCAUCUGGUCUAGAUUCGACGGCAAUGGAAAAAUCAAGUGAAAUAUGUGGAUUGGCCACAGAGCCAGGACCCGAACAAGCCAUCUUUUGUGGUGUUACCACAUUGCGUUUAGUAUCCACGGGACGUUUCCAAAAUCAGGCGGCAGUAAUGAUACGCAAAGCUGACGAACAUGAUUUGGACAAGGCCACAUUAAUUUGUGCCCUAUAAACGAAUCAACGUUUCCAGCAUUGCAAGCAAAACCAAAUUAGAACAUAUUAUUAACUAAAACAAGAAAAAAAAAUAUGAAAUAUUGCAGUAUUAUGUAGUUGUAGCUUUUAUGACCCCAAACAAAAUGUAUCCAAAUUUUAACCAUCUUCCCCAGUACUCCCCCCUUACCAAGCCAACCAUAUAUUAUUUCCUAUAUAACAUUAUUGCUAUUGGAUUGUAUUUUAAGUUAAUUUUAAUGUUAAAUUUGAAAUCACAAUGUAUAUAAAACACAAAUUA